AUGCGUCUUCUCGCAAUUCCCGCGAGCGGGCUGCUUGCAACCGGAUCAUUUUUCUAUUACACCCGUCACGUCGAAGCUGUUCAUCUCUCUCCAUCCGACUCGAUCUUUCAAUCCAAGUACCACCAAAGAUUCAAUCCAAACAAUAACCCCACGGUUCACGACUUGCACGUCCGAGUGGUCCCAAUCUCGCAGAUUGACCCUGCCCUACUAGAGCGGCAAGAUGCCCUUAUUGAAAGAUACAGCGCCGGAGUGUGGGCAGGUGCAGGAUUUGCAAUCCAGCGUAUGCUCGCCCACCUCGGCAAGCAAGAAUCCGCAUCGCACCAACUCUGGACUCGUUCCGAACUGCUUGAAUCAAAAUACAAUCCAGGAACUGUGAUAACCGACGAGUUUAUUGUCCUGGACAAGGCAAAGCACUCUAUUCUGAUCCGUGGUGGGGACAAAGUGUCGAAGACUGGUCCGCGUCCAUUGGAUGGGUUGAUCGAAUUGUCCGUCCAGCUCAAGCCCGAAGACGAUUGCGUCCAAUUUAGGUUCAAGUCCCUCUUUUUUCAAGGAGACGUAAGAACUGACAAGAUGCCUAUGCCGGCUCCUGUGAUAUGGCUUCAUGAGCAGUAUGCAAAGGCACUGUUGGAGUCGGGUGUGCGUCAUGUCAUUCAAAGUGAAAAUAAAGGGGCUUUCACAGAAAUGGAUCAGAGUUGA